GGGGGCAGCAGUGCACUAACCGUGUCUACUCUGCUGCACGAAAAGCAGGAAGCAGACAGAGCCCCGUGUGCGGUUAGCUCGGAGCUAAAGCUAAAAACACUUUGUUAAAAUGUCCAAAGGCCAAACGCUGAGAGCUUUGGUGAAUGAGCGGCUGACUGCGGCUGCUGAAGAGAUCUUUGCGCUGUUUGAAAGAACGAUAGCGGAGUAUGAGGAGGAACUGUGUCGCUCCAAAGAGGAGAACCAGAGGAACCAGGACACUCCACAGACUCCACGGAUUAAAGAGGAGCCAGAGGAGCAGAGCGUCAAACAGGAGGAAGACACGCUCCCAGCACAGCUCCCAGUGGGUGUCCUAGAGUCCAGUGCUGUCUGUGUGAAGACAGAAGAGUCCUCACUGCUUCAACAUAGACAAACUGAGCACAGAGAGGAAACACAGGGAGAGGACAUCAGCACAGAGCCACAUUUACACUCAGAGACUGAGGGACACAUGGAGCACUCCUCUGACACUGACAAUGAUGACGACUGGAGAGCUCCAUUCAGCUGUUCAGCUGCACAGAUGGAGACAGAGGCUGAUGGAGACAACUGCAACCAAGUCCAGAAAGGCCAAACGCUGAGAGCUUUGGUGAAUGAGCGGCUGACUGCAGCUGCUGAAGAGAUCUUUGCGCUGUUUGAAAGAACGACAGCGGAGUAUGAGGAGGAACUGUGUCGCUCCAAAGAGGAGAACCAGAGGAACCAGGACACUCCACGGAUUAAAGAGGAGCCAGAGGAGCAGAGCGUCAAACAGGAGGAAGACACGCUCCCAGCACAGCUCCCAGUGGGCGUCCAAGAGUUCAGUGUUGUAUGUGUGAAGACAGAAGAGUCCUCACUGCUUCAACAUAGACAAACUGAGCACAAAGAGGAAACACAGGGAGAGGACAUCAGCACAGAGCCACAUUUACACUCAGAGAGUGAGGGACACAUGGAGCACUCCUCUGACACUGACAAUGAUGAAGACUGGAGAGCUCCAUUCAGCUUUUCACCUGCACAGAUGGAGACAGAGGCUGAUGGAGACCACUGCAACCAAGUCCAGAUCAGAGCCAGAAGCAUCGCUGCACCAAACUCAGGUCUAUCCCCCAAAUACAAGUCUGCACCAGAGACCAGUCCCACUGUGAACUAUGGAGACAUGUCAGGAACAGCCCAAGGAGCUGACAAGAAGGAACAUCAGUGCUCUGUGUGUAUGAAGAGGUUUGGGUUUAAGCAGACUUUGCAAAAACACAUUAGAGUUCAUACAGGAGAGAGACCAUUCAGCUGUUUAAUUUGUAUGAAAACAUUUACUGCAAAGACCAGUCUAGAUAACCAUAUAAAGAUACACACUGGUGAACGACCUUACAGCUGUUCAACAUGUGAGAAAACAUUUACCAUGAAGAGUCAUCUUGAUACACAUAUAAAAAUACACACUGGAGAGAAACCUUACAGCUGUUCAACAUGUGAGAAAACAUUUACCCAAAAAGCUAAUCUAGAUUCCCAUGUGAAGAUUCACACAGGAGAGAAACCAUUCAGCUGUUCAACAUGUGGGAAAACAUUUACUAUGAAGUGUACUUUAGAUGCACAUAUGAGAGUGCACACGGGAGAGAGACCAUUCAGCUGUUCAAUAUGUGAAAAAACAUUUAGUGAUAAGAGUUCUCUUCUUCGACAUCUGAGAACACACACAGGUGAAAGACCCUACAGUUGUUCAACAUGUGAGAAGACAUUUGCCAGAAAGAGUAAUCUAGAGCAACAUGAGAGAACACACACUGCUGAGAGACCUUACAGCUGUUUGAUUUGUAAUAAAGGAUUUAAACGUAAACAACAUUUGAAGAAUCACACGAGAACUCACAGAACAGAAAGUGACUGAAAGCUAAUUGGUUGUGUUCAUGAGAUGUUUUAAAGAGAAUUCUGUCUUGGAAUCUGCUGCUUCAUUUUGAGUGAAAAUCCUGUCAUGAACAAUUGAGCACCAAUGAUGAUCUAAUGACUGUAUUUAUUUAAUGACAUGUGAUAAAAUUCUGUCUGUAUUAUUCGGUCUCCAGCUCCGAAGCUCAAAUUGGUCUGUUCCACCUUGUGCUGUUAUUUAUUUGUAAUUUUAAGGUUAGCAGCUAUUUUUAACCUCAUUUGAACUACUUUGUUUUUUUCUAGUGUAUUGUAGAAUAAAUUGUAAACCUUCCUAAAAUGUUUUAGUUUUCCCUUUUGUUCAGUUGAGAUUGCCACAGAAAGCCUACAAUAUCUCCUGGUGCACAGAGAAAUGAUGUUUAACCGAGGAUAAAACAAUAGCUGUAUAGCUCCAAAAAUUGGCAAAUCGAGGGGCGGAAAUUAUUUAAAUGAUUCUAGUGAAGUUUAAAACACAGUGGAGCACUGCCUGUAUUACCACUAAAUGACAUCACAAGGUGGAACAGUGAUUUCUGUUUGAGAGAAGAACUCCACCUAAGCCUGCAGAGUUUGUGUGUUAAAUAUGUGUGAAUGAAACAAAAACAACUUCAUGUCUGUUUGUGAUGAGGAAACUGCAUUAGAACAGAUCAGAAAAUAGCCUAAUAUGAGCCCUUUAAAAUAACUGUGAUUUCAAUAAAGGCCUAAAAAGCAGU